AUGGAACACGAGAUGAAACUUUUAGUGCGUAAAGCUCUUCUUCGAAUUUUACAUGACGUAAUAUUACCAAUUUUAACUAAUACUCGACAAUUACAUGAUGAAAAUGGUCUUGUAUUAGUUUUAUUAAUUGAACAAUUUCUUCCAUUACCAUAUAUAUCUGUAUUACGUUUAGUUGAAUUAAUUGUUUAUGAUCGUAUUGAAAUGAUGUUAACACUUGAUCAACAAACAUUAAAUAAACAAUUAUUACCUGAAUAUUUACCAUUAAUUUUGUAA